UUCGUCUUCAUUCAUCUGUUGCUCUUUUUGUUCAUAAAACAGUUCCCACUUCCCACUCAUCUAAUACCUGAUUAGAAUUCGGUUUAGCUUUGGUUUAGUUUGAUCUGUUGUUUGGUUCUUCCAAACCCGGUUUCAUAUCCCACUAUAUAAAAGGGGCUAUUUUUAAGCUUCCUAAGGCUAUCUACAUGUUCAAAAUAAUCAGGGCCAAUCAAAUUGUCACUUCAUCGCCAGAUUGGGCUUGAAAUUUUUUUUAAAAAAAUUAUACGAAUCCAGUUUGGCCCAUCUCGAAGCCCGAGCAUAUUCCCGUGUUCAUUCUGUUCCUAACCCUAAGCGCCGUCUCAUUCUGUUCUACACAUCUCUCUCCUUCAACAUCUUACCUUAUCGCCUCUUCAUUCCUUCGUCGAUUCUCUUCCUCUCCCCUACCUCCUCCCGCAUAACGCCUCCGAUGAGAGCGCUAGCACUUCAAUGUGCUCUCAUAAAUCCCCCAUUCAAGAUUCCUAUGGACCCUCCACUUCCCCUCUCCGGCUCGCUGAUAUCUAGAUCCCUAUAUAUAUUCUUCUCACUCUUACCACAGAUCGUAAAAUCCACAGUCUUAUCAUGGCAAAAAACACUGCAAAUCUUUCCGGCGAAGCUUCUUCUCCUCUCCUCUUCCGACAUGUUUCACCAGGACCCGGUGAUUCGACCUUGCAGUUUAGGCUUCUUCAUUUCUAGGAAGCUCGCAAGAAUGUCAAAGGAGGACCCGACAUCCUUCUUGGGAUCGAGAUGCUUAUGAUUGAUUCGGAGGGUACUGUGGCUCAGGGGUUCAUCGGUCUGAACCGUCGCAACCAAUACGAAAAAGAGCUCAAGCGUGGGAUGAUCUACACACUGACCAACUACUAUGCAUCGAACACCAAGGUGAUGUACCAUGUUGCUGACCAGAGGCUGGUAAUUUGCAUCUCACACGCCUCUGAGCUGAGGAAGGUGGAAGAAGACAUUGAAGCCAUUUUGACAGAGCGCUUCAGAAUCCAUUCCUUUGCAGAUUUUGAAGCCAACUGUGAUCUCAGAGGAGAUCUUCACGAUGUUGUCGGCCACCUUAAGCUGGUUGAUGGGCAUCCUCUCCAUCAGUGUCCGGUUUUGUGCACCAAGGAUGACUCAGCUUCUCGGAAAGUGAUGAUUCAUUUGCAACUUAAAGAUGGUCCAGUGAUUAAUGUGUACUUAUGGGACGAGGCUACGGAGAAUUUCCGCGUGAAGUUUGACGCCUGUGCAGACACUCCAACGGUUCUAUUGGUUACAACGGUCAAUCCUAAGAGACUAGGUGGGAAAUUAUGCCUAAGUUCAAUGUCUUCAUCAAGAGUGUUUUUGGACGAAGAGGUUGACCCCACCAAGGAAUACUUGACAUGGUUGGCCACGAACCCUGGUGCAACUUCUUCAGUCAAUCCUGUUGAGGUGGUUGAAGCUGAAACACUCACAAUAAGUGAGAUUGCUGCCUUCAUCAAGCGUGAGCCUGCUAAGGUUGCCUACUUUGACUGCAUUGCCACAAUUGAUGAUGUCAAGCAUGGCACUGAGUGGUAUUACAUUGCUUGCAAGGAUUGCCAGACGAAGCUAAACCGCGGGCCGACAACACUGCUUUGUCCAAAAUGCGGCAAUGAAAAUGCUACUGCAGUAGCCAACUACCGGGUGGAGAUGUCUGUCUAUGAUAAUGAGGAGCAGUGCACGUUCAUCAUUCUUGGAGAUGCUGGGAAAGAGCUCACUGGCAGAAAAGCAACAGAGUUGAUCGACACAUAUGCUGAGAAAAUGGGGGAGAUGGGGCUGAGCUUGAGGUUCCACUGCCACAGUGUUUUAUCGAUGCAAUAGGACAGACUAAGAAAUUCAGGAUCAAGGUGUCGCCCUACAAUUUCACAUCUACACGCCUAUCCUUGACUGCAACCAAAAUUGUCUCAUCAGCAGUUUUGCCCCCAAAGAACCCCCCACUCAACACACCAGCAGGAACUGAAGUGGAAAUCUCAGAUGUAGCUACGAGCAGUGGUGGUGGUACUUCAGCCACUGACGAUGAGAAGAAUGGAAAGCGUACCAAGCGUAGUGGCUAGAUCGGAUGCAGUAAAGUCACUCCAUGAAUGGUUGGUACAGACUGCCCAGUCAUCAUGCUACUCUAAUAACAGUCUUCUUAUUUCUCUUUAUUCAGUUUUGAUUUUUCUUUUCGCUAAGACAGUUUGUUAUUGGAAAAACCUUAUGGUUUGGUUUUCUUAUUAAAGUUGUUUGGUUUUUAUUAUUA